AUGAAUAAAGGAUAUAUUAAUAUUAUUUUUGCCUUUUUAAGCUUGAUUUGGCAUAUGAACAAUAAAGCCUUUGCAAGUGAGUAUGACCCAAACAAUGUUCCCUCCACCUCGGCUAGUAAUUGUUCGGGUGAAAAAUGCAAGGAGAUCAAUCCCCUAUUGUGUACCGAUCCAGAAGAAACUAAAAACGCAUCAGAACUUAUGAACGAAGCUAUAAUGCUUUUACAGUAUCAUGCCACAAGUAUAGAAGAUUACAGUUUACUUCAUAAACAUGAUGAUGGUUCAUCUGAAUAUAUUAAGAAACAUGGAAAUGCAGACAUUCAUAAAUUUAUUCAUAAAAUGCCCAAUCCAGAUAGUUAUGAUAGUAUAAUAAACAUUUUGUUUAAUUAUGAUUGUACUCAUAAAAUUGGGACAAGCACUGUUAAAGAAAAAGUUGUACGUGAAUACACUCCAAAUUUAGUAAUGGUUCAACAACGCUACAAAAAUAGGGAUUUAUCAUUCCAAGGAUAUUAUUAUGCUUUAUCCAAAAAAGACCAGAUAUCAAACGAUACAACUGUUAUUGCUUUGGCUUCAGCAAAUAUAAAUGAUCAUAACAAGGCCGAUAAAAAAAUUUAUAAAAAUGAGAUCUUAGAAAGUGCAAAUUCAUUCAAAACUGACAUCGAUUCGGAAGAAGAUAUUAGAAAGGGGAAAUUAAAAAAAAUGUUUGUUAAUUUAUCCGGAUGUCUCAUUAUAAAAAAACUCAAUUAUAUUGAUAUUAUCCAUAUCAGCUCUAUGAAUGUGAAUCCUAUCCAUAGUCCAAAUGAACGUAUUAAAAAAUCUAUAGCAAAAAAAUUGGAAACUUUUAUCAACUUAAGAUAUAUCUUUUCUCAGAAAUAA